AUGCCCGCUAUUGGAAUUGAUCUCGGUACAACUUACUCCUGCGUUGGUGUUUGGCAACAUGGGAAUGUGGAAAUCAUCGCAAACGACCAAGGCAACAGGACGACUCCAUCCUACGUGGCCUUCACGGAUACGGAGAGACUGAUCGGCGACGCUGCUAAGAACCAGGUGGCCCUGAACCCCAACAACACAGUCUUCGAUGCGAAAAGGUUAAUCGGCCGCAAAUUCGACGACCCUAAGAUACAAGCCGACAUGAAGCACUGGCCCUUCAAAGUGGUCAACGACUGUAGCAAACCGAAAAUACAAGUGGAGUUCAAGGGCGAGACGAAGAGGUUCGCGCCCGAGGAGAUCAGCAGCAUGGUGCUGGUCAAGAUGAAGGAGACCGCGGAGGCGUACCUCGGCACCACGGUCCGCGACGCCGUAGUCACGGUCCCGGCCUACUUCAACGACUCCCAGCGCCAGGCGACCAAGGAUGCCGGAGCGAUCGCAGGCCUGAACGUGCUCCGCAUCAUCAACGAGCCCACAGCCGCCGCACUCGCCUACGGCCUGGACAAGAACCUCAAAGGAGAACGGAACGUGUUGAUCUUCGACCUGGGCGGCGGCACCUUCGACGUGUCCAUCCUGACCAUCGACGAGGGCUCGCUGUUCGAGGUGAAGGCCACCGCUGGAGACACGCAUCUGGGAGGAGAGGACUUCGACAACAGGCUGGUGAAUCAUUUCGCUGAAGAAUUUGUGAGAAAGUACAAGAAAGACCUUCGAUCCAACCCUCGCGCGCUGAGACGCCUCCGCACGGCCGCCGAGCGCGCCAAGAGGACGCUGUCCUCCAGCAGCGAGGCGACCAUCGAAAUAGACGCUCUGUACGAGGGCAUCGACUUCUACACCCGGGUCUCGCGCGCCAGGUUCGAGGAGCUCAACUCCGACCUGUUCCGCGGCACGCUGGAGCCGGUGGAGAAGGCUCUGAAGGACGCCAAGAUGGACAAGAGCCAGAUCCACGACGUGGUGCUCGUGGGCGGGUCGACUCGCAUCCCGAAGGUGCAGAGCCUGCUGCAGAACUUCUUCUGCGGCAAGAAGCUCAACCUGUCCAUCAACCCGGACGAGGCGGUGGCCUACGGCGCGGCGGUGCAGGCGGCCAUCCUGGGCGGAGAGAGCGACUCGAAGAUCCAGGACGUGCUGCUCGUGGACGUGGCGCCGCUGUCUCUGGGCAUCGAGACGGCCGGAGGAGUGAUGACCAAGAUCAUAGAACGCAACUGCAAGAUCCCCUGCAAGCAGUCGCAGACCUUCACCACGUACUCGGACAACCAGCCGGCCGUGACCAUCCAGGUGUACGAGGGCGAGCGAGCGAUGACGAAGGACAACAACCUCCUGGGCACGUUCGACCUGACGGGCAUCCCGCCGGCGCCGCGCGGAGUGCCCAAGAUAGACGUGACCUUCGACCUGGACGCCAACGGCAUCCUGAACGUGUCGGCCAAGGAGAGCAGCACGGGCCGCAGCAAGAACAUCGUGAUCAAGAACGACAAGGGCCGGCUGUCGCAGAGCGAGAUCCAGAGGAUGCUGGCGGAGGCGGAGCGGUACAAGGAGGAGGACGAGCGGCAGAGGCAGAGGGUGGGCGCCAGGAACCAGCUGGAGGCGUACGUGUUCAGUGUGAAGCAGGCCGUGGAGGAGGCCGGGGACAAGCUGAGCGACGGAGACAAGGGCGCCGCGAGGAGCGCGUGCGACGAGGCGCUGCGCUGGCUGGACAACAACACGCUGGCCGACAGGGAGGAGUACGAGCACCGGCUGAGGGAGCUGCAGGCGGCCUGCUCGCCGCUCAUGAGCAAGCUGCACGGCGCGGGGCAGGGCGCGGCGGGGGCUGCGGGGGCGGGGGCUGCCAGAGGGAACGGACCCACCGUCGAGGAGGUCGACUAG